CCGCGAGGGCGUGGCCAGCGGGGCGUCCGGCCGCUCAGUCUCGCGCUUCCCCUCCGUGCGCGCCGCGUCCCGUCCGCCCGCCCGUCGUCCGGGACCCCCGUCCCUGUCCUCCGCCGGCCUGACCUCGGUCCCCGGCCCUCGCCACGGCCAUGUCGGAGCGGGCGCCGCCCGGGCGCGAGGAGAUCCUGGAGUGCCAGGUGAUGUGGGAGCCGGGCAGCAAGCGCGACACGCAGAUGGACCGCUUCCGCGCGGCCGUGGGCGCCGCCUGCGGCCUGGCGCUGGAGAAUUAUAACGACCUGUACCACUGGUCGGUCGAGUCCUACUCAGACUUCUGGGCCGAGUUCUGGAGAUUCAGCGGGCUGGUCUUCUCGCGCAUGUACGAUGAGGUGGUGGAUACUUCCAAAGGGAUUGCGGACGUCCCCGAGUGGUUCAAAGGCAGCCGGCUGAAUUACGCGGAGAACCUGCUGCGGCACAAAGAGAACGACAAAGUGGCCCUGUAUGUCACAAGGGAAGGCAAAGAGGAGAUUGUGAAGGUGACCUUCGGGGAGCUGCGGCAGCAGGUGGCUUUGUUCGCCGCCGCCAUGCGAAAGAUGGGUGUGCGGAAGGGAGACCGCGUGGUCGGUUAUCUGCCUAACAGCGCGCACGCCGUGGAGGCCAUGCUGGCCACGGCGAGCAUCGGGGCCAUCUGGAGCUCCACGUCCCCGGACUUCGGUGUGAACGGCGUCCUGGACCGCUUCUCGCAGAUUCAGCCGAAGCUCAUCUUCUCCGUGGAGGCCGUCAUCUACAACGGCAAGGAGCACAGCCACAUGGAGAAGCUGCAGCAGGUGGUGAAAGGACUCCCAGACCUGCGGAAGGUGGUGGUGAUCCCGUACGUCACCUCCAGGGAGAAGAUAGACAUUGCCAAGAUCCCCAACAGCGUGUUCCUGGACGACUUCCUGGCCGGCGGCCCUGGCGAGCACGCCCCGCAGCUGGAGUUCGAGCAGCUGCCUUUCAGCCACCCGCUCUUCAUCAUGUUCUCCUCGGGCACCACGGGGGCGCCCAAGUGCAUGGUGCACUCCGCGGGGGGCACCCUCCUCCAGCACCUGAAGGAGCACAUGCUGCACGGGAACAUGACCUGCGGCGACGUCCUGCUCUACUACACCACGGCCGGCUGGAUGAUGUGGAACUGGAUGGUGUCCGCGCUGGCCACCGGCGCGUCCCUGGUCCUGUACGACGGCUCCCCGCUGGUGCCCACGCCCAACGUGCUGUGGGACCUGGUGGACAGGAUCGGCAUCACCGUGCUGGGGACCGGUGCCAAGUGGCUGUCCGUGCUCGAAGAGAAGGGCCUGAAGCCAGCGGAGACACACAGCCUGCAGACGCUGCACACCAUCCUGUCCACCGGCUCCCCGCUGAAAGCCCAGAGCUACGAGUACGUGUACAGGUGUGUCAAGAGCAACGUGCUGCUGGGCUCCAUCUCAGGGGGCACCGACAUCAUCUCCUGCUUCAUGGGCCAGAACACAUCAGUGCCCGUGUACAAGGGCGAGAUCCAGGCCCGGAACCUGGCCAUGGCUGUGGAGGCGUGGAACGAGGAAGGCCGGGCGGUGUGGGGCGAGAGCGGAGAGCUGGUGUGCACGCGGCCGGUGCCCUGCCAGCCCACGCACUUCUGGAACGACGAGAACGGGACCAAGUACCGCAAGGCCUACUUCUCCAAGUUCCCCGGUGUCUGGGCGCACGGUGACUACUGCAGGAUCAACCCCAAGACGGGUGGCAUCGUCAUGCUGGGCCGCAGCGACGGCACACUCAACCCUAACGGCGUGCGCUUCGGCAGCUCAGAGAUCUACAACAUCGUGGAGGCCUUCGAGGAGGUGGGGGACAGCCUGUGCGUGCCGCAGUACAACAGCGACGGCGAGGAGCGGGUCGUGCUCUUCCUGAAGAUGGCUUCCGGCCACGCCUUCCGGCCCGACCUGGUCCAGCGGAUCCGCAGCGCCAUCCGCUUGGGGCUGUCUGCGCGCCACGUGCCCAGCCUCAUCCUGGAGACGCGGGGCAUCCCGCCACUCCUCGGCCCCGGCGGCGCUUCGGAGGAGCUCGGCCGCCUGCCCCGGGCGAGGGCGUGCUGGGCUUCCACGUGGCCCGGUCCUGAGCGCCGGCCUCACUGCCCCGCAAGGACGGGGCCCGGCGUGGCACUGACUGGCGUGCAGUGCCAGCCUCCCAGGAGCGACGUGACCUCAGCCCGGGAGCCCCAGUGCCGCUCCGCUCCGAGAAGCCGUGCCUGGCUCCUCGCUCCACUCCUCCGCCAGCUGCUGGCUCUCCUGCCCCGCGCGGUCCUUGCCCGGCGGGGCUCGGCUGGCACUGGGGACACCGCGGCCGCGGCCCCCUGGCUGAUCCUCAGGGUCGUGGACGGAGCCCAGUCCCUGGUGAGGCAGGGGUCGCGCUCCUGCCCGAAGCACUCCUGUCCACAGCCGCCAGGACCCGCCCGGCCUCAGCGUCUCUCAGGAUCCCUCCCUGCGCAGGCUCCGACCGUUGGCUCAGAUGUUUCAGUGUUGAUUUCGGGUACAGGCGUGGCUCCAAGCACCCCAGGACCUCCCGCGUCACUCGCAGGGCCCCGUGGGUCCCCAGGGGUCCCCAGCACUUUGCAGGGUCCGGCGGUCUGCCCUCAGCCCUCACGUUCACGUCUCUUGGAAAUCCCAGUGUUUUUAUAUUUUUAAAAACUGAGCACAGUGAGAUACCUUUUGAAUUGUUCUUUUGGAUUAUACUUAUACGGGAAAAGUGCUAUGACGAGUUUUAUGCAAUAAACACGUAUGUGCGUGUGCACA